AUGUCUAGGGACGAGCAAAUAGAGGAGUUCCUCUUUGAUUAUGCAGAAAGUGAAGACGGAUUCGAUGGUGAUGACGACAGCAUUGCAGAUCCUGAUUUUGUUCCGGAUUUGGAGGUGCCAAUGGACACCGAUGAUUUUGAAGAGGUUGAUAGAGUGAAUAUUGACACCAUCAUUGAAAAUAUUGAGAAUUCAAGUAGUACUUCCCAACCGCUAACUCCUUCUGAAACCUUUCCUCAUCCAGGACCAUCAUCUAGACCUGAAUCAUCAGGACGCAGUCAAGCCAACCAAAAACUGAAUUUACGUUGGAAAAAAAGAACCUCCAGCUAA